GAUCUUGCGUGCAAUAUUUACAUCAUGACACCUGAAAGGUAUAGUGAUUAUGUCUGGCCAAGUCACUUAGUUCGCAAAAAUAUGUAAUCUCCUUCUACUGCCAGGUAUGAUCCGCCCUCUGCAAGAAGAGGUGCGAUCUCGUCUAAGAUCAGGGGUCGCCAUCACCAACUUCACGCAAUGCGUCGAAGAACUUGUUUUGAACAGCUUAGAUGCUGAAGCUACCUGCAUCACAGUUCGGAUAGACAUUCCGAAUUUUAAGAUCCAAGUGUGCGAUAAUGGUAUUGGUAUAACCCACGGAGAUCUGAGAUUUGUUGGAGAGCGAUACUCGAGUAGUAAAUGCCAUGUGCUUGAAGAUUUGGAACAGCUGAGUUUUCAUGGUUUCAGAGGAGAAGCUCUUGCAAGUAUACGAGAGAUUUGCGAUGUGCUAGAAAUAUCCACCCGUCAUCGGUCUUCUCAUCAAACUUACUGCAAAUUGUUUCGAACUUCUCAAGUCCUUGAGCUCAAAGAGUCCCGAUUUCCGAGAACUAUCCGUGGAACAAGUGUAACAGUUCAUGGGCUUUUCUCAAACCUUCCUGUGAGACGUAAAGCUAUCAUGGAAACACUUGACUUUGACCGUGUUCGGCAUAGAAUUGCAUCCAUAGCUCUUAUAAACCCAAAGACUGCAUUCACAUUGAUAAACGAUUCAUCGGGUGUGAAAUGCCUUCGAACGCAUGACUGCAAGUCUGUUGUCUCAGCAUUCUCUCAGCUGUUUGGCAACCAAAGAUCAAAACAUUUGCAACAAGUACAAUUUGAACAGGACAACUUCAAAGUUUCUGGUUUUAUUUCAACCGACACACACCAUUGUAAGAGUCUGCAAUUUUUGUAUAUAAAUAGGCGUUUAAUACUGAAGACAAGACUUCACAAGCUUGUUAAUAGCAUUCUUGCAAAAUCAGAGCAUUUAAAGAGAUUGUCUUUGCCUGAGGAGAAAGAUACUGUCAGAUCAGAGAACCACCAGAGUAAAACAACGAGUCCUCAGAAUACCAAGAUUUUUGAGAAACAUGGUAUAUUUGUUCUAAAUAUUGACUGUCUUGUCACUGAAUAUGAUGUUUGCCUUGAGCCAGCAAAGACAUUGAUUGAAUUUCAGAAUUGGGACAAAGUCCUCAGUUGUGUGGAAAAAUGUAUUGAAGAAUUUCUGGUUAAACAAAACUUGCUCUCCAACCUGGAAGAUUCAGCAACCUCAGAUGUAUCAGAGUCAAAUGAGGAUGGACCUGUUAUGAAAACUUCAUGUUAUGCUAAUCUUGAGGCUUUUGAGUACAAAAGGGAGAUUGAAACCAGCAAUGUUAACAAGAGCUUGCACUCUUCAACUGUUUUGAGGCCAAGGGAAGUUAAAAAAGUUGAAUCACUUCUUGACACUUCUUGUUCAGAGAAUGAAUUUCCUGUCUUUUCUAGCUCUGGUCCUAUUUUUCUGAAUAGGCAGUGUACCAGGAAGAGAUUGCAAGAAACCAAAGAAGCAUCAGUGGAUGAGUUAGCAUCGCCAUCAAAGAAUAGGAAGGUAAUCACCCUGAUAGGAAACUGUAACAGCAGAUUUGUUCUAGACAGGAGAAAAUCAAUGAAUGUCAAGAGAAGUGUCUGUGAUGCAGGUGGUGCUCCUGUUAAUGACAAUUGCAAUACCAAGUCAUCAGCAUAUUCUAGCAAUUAUUUUGUCAAAGAAACAAUUGCAAAUGACAGUUUGGAUCAUAAUGCUAUGUGCGACAUUGAAGUACACAGUGCAGGAAACAAGGCUGGUGUGGCUGUGGUUGCUGAAGAGACCUAUGGCUCAGGUGAUUCUUCAUAUCUCAGAAAACAUUAUUCAGAUAAAACCACAGAUCAGAUUUGUGUAUCAAAAUUUCCUACUAGGAAAGAUACCUCUGCAGUACCUGGUUGUUUUGAAAAUGAAUUGUAUUCUGAGCAAGUUGAUAAAGGCAGAUACAUAGAAAAAUCUCCAAAAGACACCAACAGCCAUCAAAGAGGGAAUCCUGGAAAGACUGAAUUGCUUCCAAUGAAAGGCAAAUCUAGUCACCAGUCAUUGACAUCAGAAUCUAACAUGAAUCCUGAUACAAUUGAAAUCCACACAGGAAUGUUAGGUUCUUCAAACAAGGAUUGGUUUUGUACAUUUGAUGCAUCUUUGGGAAGAAAAUUGUUCAUCAACAGUCGAACUGGACACUCUUCCUUUGAAGCACCAAAUGAAUUCAGUAUUAAAGAUGAUGACUGUUCAGUGUUAAGUGAAACUGAACUUUGUGGGAAAGAAGAGGACCGUAGACAGCGUGUGCCACACCCUUGUGCCUCUCACUUGUCCUCUUUGUGUACCCCUUGGCUUCCACGGGAGGAUAGGAAACAGGAACCUGCCACAGGUACUGAGGGAAUGGGUGAUUCUCACUUGGCCUUUUUAUACAAGAAACACUUGGAAGAACAAGAAGCAGAAGAGAAGCUUUGUAAGUGGACUGAUGCAGGUGCCCUGCAAGCUUAUGAACAAGACCUACUUAACAAUGGAGGAAAAACUGUGACACAGCUGCUUGACAAUUGGAAAAAUCCUGUAUUUGCUGCUCCAGAAAAGGAUAUACUUACGGUCAACAAACCAGGCUUGGAUAAAUCGCAGAUCUCAGUGCAUAAUGUGGCUCAUCCGUACCGUUUCACAAAAGAGAUGUUGACCAGCAUGAGGGUGUUGCGACAACUGGAUGAGAAAUUUAUCGUGGGAGUUGUAUCACAUGAAGAGGGAGCUGAUGGCUUACUCGUCCUGGUAGAUCAACAUGCUGCGCAUGAGCGAGUUCGAUUAGAACGUCUUCAAUCAGAACUCUUUGGAGAUGGCAGUGACACAAAAACUGGAGGAAAACCCAGGAUCAAGUCCUCAACAGUCUCACCUCCUCUGAAACUAUGUUUUUCUCAAGAGGAAAUUUGGCUCUUGAAAGCUUCUCAAGCUGAAAUAGAACGUAUUGGGAUACGUUUUCUGAUAAGCCAAUCAUCAGAAUCCUCUGAGGACGUAUCAGUCCUUGUGGAUAGCGUACCGUCUGUUUUUGUCGAACGAGAGUUUUCUGAAGUCAAGCGUGGAAGACCUUCAGUUGCUGUCGAUAACGUGAAGGGGCUGAUCAGAGAACAUCUUGAACAAUUUUCAAGGACACGCGGAGUACCUCCUGUCAUUCCCAAGGCUAUUUCUGAUGUGAUCAGCUCCCAGGCUUGCCAUGGUGCUGUUAAGUUUGGGGAGCCUCUUGGCACAGCUGAGUGUCAGGAACUAAUCCAUAGUCUGUCUAAGUGUCAGUUACCUUUUCAAUGUGCACACGGCAGGCCAUCUGUUAUACCACUGGUUGACUUCAAGUUUGUAGGAAAGAAAAUGAACCCCAAGGAAACUGUACACAGACCAACAUUAGCAAACCUGCAGCCUGUUCUUAAGAAAUAUUAGAACCUUCAGAUAUAAAAAGAGUGGUCGCAAUUGGUUAAUGUAACAUCUUAUAUCUGUUAUGUAGAUACGAGGUCGGUAAGCGGGUUGGUGUAUGCGAUUUUCCAAUUCUAUCGUGAUUCAUUAACCAGUUUUAUCAGAGGGAUUAUUUUGGUCAAAUUCGUUUACUUCUAAGUUUUCAUCGUUGUUAUUUUAUUGUGAGAAAGUUGUUAUUGCUAUUAUUGUUUUAAUGAUACUAUAAUUUUAUUAUCUACUCUUAAGUACUUACUUACUGAAAACAUGAAGGACAUGAAUAUGACUCGAGAAAUUUUUGAGGAAGCAAAAAGUGAAAAACCUUACAGCAUUUUACAUUGGGACUUGGGAAAAGGCUAUCUUACAAGGAUGUGUGAAUGGGCGAAGAGGGAGAGGAAGGAGAAAGCCUCUUCUGGCAACUUAAACAAGUUUCUAAACCUUACAAAUAUUAUGAAGUGAAAAUUACAGAAGGAUUACGUUUGCAUUUUCCUUGAA